AUGACGGGCACAAGCCCCACAACAUCCAGACAUCAUAAAUCCGAAGGCAGAGACCCUAAGAAAAAAACUUCGUUCCUCCAAAGCCCGAGCGACACAAUUACAAUCGAGCGCCAUUAUAAAGAUGCAAAUAAUUCUCAAAUUAAAAAUCCUCUCAAAAUUGAUGAAAAAUAUGGAUUUUUAAUAGUACUUAAAAGUCUAAACGACUCGUCAAAUAUCAAUGAGGAUUUCUUAAACGAGUGGAAAUUACAUUUACAAUGUCAGCAUGAAAAAUAUUUAUUUGGUACUGCGUUUACUCCAAUACUUGGAAUAACGCAGGAUCCAGAUACAUUAAAUUACAUGAUCUUAAUGGAAUAUUUACCUAAUGGUAGUUUAAGAGAUAAUUUGUUGAUAAAAAAAUAUAAUCCAAAUGAUAAAUUUAAUAAUUUACAUUAUAUUUCAAGACAGCUAAUGGCUAUUCAUAAAUUAAAUCUAGUUCAUGGAGAUUUUCAUAAUGGAAAUAUACUUCAAGCUAAACCUUUUUUAUUUAUUAGUGAUUUCGGAUUAUCUAAACCAGUUAAUCAAACUAAUAUAAAAGAUGAAAUAUAUGGAAUUCUCCCUUACAUGGCACCAGAAGUAUUACGUGGUAAACCUUACACAAAAGCUGCUGAUAUUUAUAGUUUUGGAAUUAUUAUGUGGGAGAUGACAUCAGGCGUUCCAGCAUUUCAUAAUAUUCCUCAAGAUUUAAAUCUUUCUUUAAAUAUUUGCAGAGGUAUUAGACCAGAAAUUAUAGAAGGAACUAUGCCUGAAUAUGUUGAAUUAAUGAAAAGAUGUUGGGAUAAUAUCCCUGAAAAAAGACCAACUGUUGAUGAAGUUGAAUAUAUUUUUGGAAAAUGGGAUACUACAUAUCCAAUGGAAGGGGAAGAAGAAAGAAUACAAUGUUCCUGGUAA